UCCGAUUCGUGUAUUCCCGUCGGCCGGAGAUUUAUCGCAACCCUAAUCCGAAAUGGCGUCGGAGAAGAAGCUAUCGAACCCAAUGAGGGACAUUAAAGUGCAGAAACUGGUGCUUAACAUCUCCGUCGGUGAGAGUGGAGAUCGUCUCACCAGAGCCUCCAAGGUGUUGGAACAAUUGAGUGGUCAGACUCCUGUUUUCUCCAAGGCUCGAUACACUGUUCGUUCUUUUGGUAUCAGACGUAAUGAGAAGAUUGCUUGCUAUGUGACUGUCAGGGGAGAGAAGGCAAUGCAGCUCCUUGAGAGUGGAUUGAAAGUUAAAGAAUAUGAACUCUUGAGAAGGAACUUUAGCGACACUGGCUGCUUUGGAUUUGGUAUUCAAGAGCACAUUGAUUUGGGUAUCAAGUAUGAUCCAUCAACUGGAAUCUACGGUAUGGACUUCUAUGUUGUUCUUGAGCGACCUGGUUACCGUGUGGCACGUCGCAGAAGAUGCAAGGCUCGUGUUGGAAUCCAGCAUAGAGUAACGAAAGAUGAUGCCAUGAAAUGGUUUCAGGUGAAAUAUGAAGGAGUCAUUCUCAACAAGUCUCAGAACAUUACUGGCUAAAAAAAUGUGUCAAACAAAUUUUUCUUUUGGGUUCAAAUCUUACAUUUUCUCAGUUUUGUUUUGCUUCUCUGUUCUUUUCAGACCCUUGAAUUUUCCUUAUAUUUGCCUAUCUACUACAAUUAUUGUUAUCGACAAAAGCUGACUAAAGGUCUAAAACACAU